AUUUUGUCUAUGAAACUAAAAUCCAUGAAUUGGAGAUGUGUGAUGAUGAGUGAAUUGUUUUUAAGAAUUUUUUCUCAAUAAAUUCAUAGUAUUACUGGUUAGUUAACGGCUUUCAGUUUUUAGUUUAUAGUUAAUAAAUUUCACUAACGGCAUGAUGGUGGAAGGGUCUGCAUUUACAAGGAACGAUGUGUUCCAAAUGGCAAUACGUGUGGCCUUUGUGUCUGCAGUUACAUACUUUUCAAUUAAAUGGCUAGUGAAUCAAAUAGAUCCUACGUCGAAGAGCCGAAAAAAGGCCGAGGAAAGAGCGCGGGAGCAGUUACGCAAGAUAUCUUCCAGAGCUGGGCUGGGGAGCAAGCACGCACUGGCCCUCGACAAGCUGACUGAUCAUGAGAUGAUCAUUGCUUCUCAACUGGUGGUGCCCGAUGAAAUCAAUGUUAACUGGAAGGACAUAGCUGGUCUGGACAACCUAAUAAAAGAGCUGAGGGAGACUGUGAUACUUCCGAUACAGAAGAGGGAAUUAUUUGCUGACAGUCGACUCACACAGCCACCCAAAGGUGUCCUGCUACAUGGCCCACCAGGUUGCGGCAAGACUCUAAUCGCCAAAGCAACAGCCAAGGAAGCGAAUAUGAGUUUCAUAAACCUUGACGUAUCUCUUCUCACUGACAAAUGGUACGGAGAGACCCAGAAGUUGGCUGCCGCUGUGUUCAGUCUGGCUGUUAAAUUGCAGCCUUGUAUUGUGUUUAUUGAUGAGAUUGAGUCGUUCCUGCGCACGCGAACGGCGCACGACCACGAGGCGACCGCGAUGAUGAAGACUCAGUUCAUGUCGCUGUGGGAUGGCCUCAUCACCGAUCCGUCUUGCACGGUCAUCAUCAUGGGUGCAACGAACCGGCCGCAGGACCUGGACAAGGCGAUCCAGCGGCGCAUGCCGGCCACCUUCCACGUGCCGAUGCCGAGCGAGCCGCAGCGCGAGCGCAUCCUGCAGCUCAUCCUGCACCAGGAGCCCGUCGCCGCCGACAUCGACUACAAGAGGCUGGCGGCGUGCACGGAGGGCUUCUCGGGCUCCGACCUGCACGAGGUGUGCCGCCAGGCGGCCGUGUACCGCGUGCGGGACUACGCGCGCGAGGAGCUCGCCAGGGACGAGAUGUCAAAGGAUAGCAGAUCCAACGUGUCGGAGUCGGACGAUGAAUACGCAGACGCAAUGAGGCCGAUCACAAUGGAGGAUCUCAAGAACGCGCUCGGGAAACUGAAGGAGUCAAAGAUACAAUGCGGCUCGCUCGCGCCCAGCAUGCGGCUGGAACUCGACUAGAAUGUUCGAGAACGUUCUAGAACAUUCUAGAAGCGCCUAGUAGCUAAUGGAAACAGAAUCGAAGUCUCGAAGUAAGACGUUCCAUUGUUCCAUUUUUAAAUCUGUUGAUAUUGUUUUCGGUUUCUGUAUUGGUGUUUUAUUUUCAAACGUGUUUGUUUGAUUAUUUUGGAAUAGUCAUGAGAAUGUUUAGUGCAAUAUUUAGGACCAAUUGAGGUCUAAUAUAAUAUGAUGUUCUCGAUUUAGUUUAAAAUCUAUUGCUUUGUUUGAGUUGAACAUGUUUUCAUUGUGCUUUUAUAGAACGUUCUUGUGACCUUUUUAAUCUGUUGGGAUCUUUUUAAACAUAGAACAGGAAUAGAAUUCUUAUGUUUAUAUUGUGUCGUUUGAGAUGGACGGGGUUGAUUGUAAAAUGUUUGAAUUAUAUUUUAAUCAUUUUUUUACUUUGUAUUAUAUAGCUUUUCCGUCCCAACCGAUUUGUGAAAUGUCUGGGCGUGCAUGAAUUGUGAUUCGAUUGGUUAUUUUAAAAAUUUGCGGAUACGAUUUAUUUAUUUAACGCUCUUAUACAUUUGUAAACCCAGGAAACCUUACAACAACUUAUGGAAAUAGAAAUAGUUACAAGUUAUUGUGUAGCUUUGUCACUUAUUAGUGAUCUCUUUCAGACAACCUGGGUAAAAGGUAACAAGUGUAAUAAAACACAAAUGGCGGGACGUGAACAGAUAAAAAGAAUGCGUAGAAUAUUAUUGUUUGAUUAGGAUAUCGAUUAAAUUCCUUUUUUUUUUUUAAUCUAGUUAAAAACCUUUUGCUUUAUUUUAAUUUCGUUUAUAUAUCAGUCUGUAUAGUUUGGCUUCUAUUAUCUUGUAUGUAUGUUAUAAUUGUUACAGCCGCAGGGCGGUCGCGUAAAAUAUGCUUUAUGUAAAAUUUUAAAUAGAAAAAUCUUUGCAAAAAAUUUCAGAUUAAUAGAUAGAUAAUAAUUAUAGAUUACGAUGUUGUUGUAGGCGGUAGAUGUAUAGAAUGCAUUCUCCAAGAUUUAU